ACUGUAAACCUUGAUACCGCUGCCUCCUGGAUCAGAUUGGCUACAUUGAGCGAGGCUAACUUUUAGCUUCUACUGUACCGUAGAGAUGAGUUUUCUUGGGGGUUUAUUUGGUCCUGUCUGUGAGAUAGACGUACUGCUGAACGAUGCAGAAAACAGAAAAACAGCUGAGUUGAAGACCGAAGAUGGGAAAGUAGAGAAACAUUAUCUGUUCUACGACGGAGAGUCUGUGUCUGGGAAGGUGAAUUUAAAUGUGAAGCAGGGAGGAAAGCGCCUCGAGCACCAGGGCAUUCGCAUUGAGUUUGUCGGCCAGAUUGAGCUGUUUUCUGAUAAGAGCAACACCCAUGAGUUUGUGGACUUGGUGAAAGAGUUGGCUUUACCUGGAGAACUCACUCAGAACAGAAGCUAUGACUUCGAGUUCAUGCAGGUGGAGAAGCCCUAUGAAUCGUAUACUGGAGCUAAUGUCAGGCUAAGAUACUUCCUCAAAGUAACAAUAGUUCGUCGUUUAUCUGACUUGGUAAAGGAAUAUGAGCUCAUCAUCCAUCAGUUAGCCACCUACCCAGAUAUCAACAACUCUAUUAAGAUGGAAGUUGGCAUAGAAGACUGUCUUCAUAUUGAAUUUGAAUACAAUAAAUCCAAAUACCACCUUAAGGAUGUGAUUGUAGGAAAGAUUUACUUCCUGUUGGUCAGGAUCAAGAUUCAACACAUGGAGCUCCAGCUCAUCAAGAAGGAGAUAACAGGCAUCGGGCCCAGUACUACCACAGAGACAGAGACUGUUGCCAAGUAUGAAAUCAUGGACGGAGCUCCAGUUAAAGGAGAGUCGAUACCUAUCAGGCUGUUCCUGGCAGGAUACGACCUCACACCCACCAUGAGAGAUGUUAACAAGAAGUUCUCUGUUCGGUACUUCCUAAAUCUGGUGCUGGUUGACGAAGAAGACAGGAGAUAUUUUAAGCAACAGGAGAUUGUUCUGUGGAGAAAAGCUCCAGAGAAGCUGAGAAAAAGAAACUUCCAUCAGCGCUACGAGUCUCCAGAGUCCCAAACCCAGCCUGUUAAUGCAGAACAGCCAGAGAUGUGAGGCCGACCUUACUGAACUGAGAACACAGACCAAUGCUUCACUGCUGAACAGCCAGAGGUGUAUGUCCCUGGACUGAGCAAUUACACAUGCAUUCUGACAUACGAGUCAUUAAACAGCUUGAAAUCUAAGCUGUCCUACCACAGUUAUUCUUGAGGACUGACACACAGUUGCACAUAGAUGCACAAGCAUACUGUCAAAGUCUGCGGAAUGUUGAUGAUACAGGACUACCAUUCAUGUUGAUGCAGCUAAGUUAAGCAAGCAAAUCUGUGAUCUCGAAGUCUGAAACAGAAAAUGAAGCCAUAGUAUCUUUUUUUUUUUUAAGAUUAUAUACAUCUCUGUGCAAUAUAAAACAAAAGGAAAAAUAGAAAAGUUGUAUAAUGUCCCAAGAUGACCACUACAUUUACCCUAGUCUUCUGCAGCAGGUGCUUCUAUUUUUCAGUAUACUGAAUGGUAGAAUCUCAGAAAACAACAAUUCUCCCUCCACCAUCUACGGAAUAGCACAUCAAUUUAUCUGAUUGGUGAUUUAACAUGUUCAAAGGUAUGAGCUUCAAGGUUAAAGUAAGUUGGAGCACUUUGUAUUAAAAUACCGGAGCAAGGUUACGGUCAAUUCUGCUUUCGUUCUAGAUAAUAUAGCAUGGUAAUUUCCAAUUCACAAGUACCAUAUUUUCAAGAAUAUGUUGCAGGUUUCUCAUGAGUUUGAGAGGUCCUGCGACUUCUAUUCCGAAAAAUCGUGUAUUCAUUACUACUAAUAAUGCUAACUUUUUAUAUAGGGCUUUCCCAGUAAUCAAAGCACUAGACAAAAUAAACUCCAGUAAUAAAAUAAUAAAUGUCAGUCAUAAAAAUACACUACAACAAUGCACAAAAUCCUAAAUUCGAGACCUGGUAAUGCAUAAAAGUGACUUGCACUCUGGAAAACUGUAACUCCAUUAGAGAGAAAUACACACUUUAAAAAAAAGCUUCCCCCCUCCACUAAAUCAAAGCAAACUUUAUUUAAUACACUGCAGGUUUGUCUUAAACUGAUGACAGUUGUAGAGUUGGGUUAUACCUAGUCAACAUGAAAGGAAAUUAUUCGAUUCUUCACCCUUCAGGGUGGGAAAACUUUUUUGUAUUGCUGAGACAUGGUUAAGUAGGAGGUAUGGAAUCUGUUACGUUCUGGAAUCUGUUUGACACAAGUAUUUGUCAGGAGAGUAUGUGGGAGUGUACCUUCUAGUACUGGAGAGGAUCUGCAAUUUCAGGGAAAUCAACAGGUGAUGUCUCAGUCUGCUGAUAAUGGUGACAGUGAAAGGAAUUUCAUGGUAUUGAAAGAUUGUGAACAUCCAAAGGGCAACUAUUCAGGAAAAAUUGCUUUCCCGGAAAGGAAAGAUGUGUGUACACACACACACAGGGGAUGGAGUUUCUGGAAUUUUAAGAUUUGUCAUUUGGUUAUGUAAGUAAAAUGCAACAUAUUGAAUUGGUGGUGGUUGUGUUUUUUUGUUGUUGUUGUUUUUUUGGGGGGUGCACAUGUUAUUCUUGGACUUGGACUUUGUCCCACCUUACAUUAAGGAAGCCUGCAUAGUGCCCAUUGGACAAAUGUCUUAAAUGUGUUAUGGAAAUUGUUACUAAUUUUAAAGUGGAGUUAUGCUUAAUUGCAAAAGGAAGAUAUUUGUGCCCAAAACUUUCUCAACAUUGUAUAAAACUUGCUUUUCACUUUAAAAUCAAGUUAUGGGGUCAAAUUUCCAAAACUAAUAUCACCUAUUAAAAUUCACUUUGUUUGAUUCAGAAAGAACGCCAAAGCCACUUCAGUGAAAUUUGAGUAAAUUGUCGCAGCUGAUUGUCAAAGUAAGACUAAUAUAUAAUGGCUUGUUCAAUAUGCUGCACAAUACAUUUCACUUUUGUUGAAUUUUGAAUGCUGUGUUUACCAGUUUGUUGUUGCUCUUUGCUCCACAUUAAUUUAAUCUUUAUAAUUUGAGGAUUCACUGUUUUCCUGGUUGUUUUAUUGAAAAAACACAUUGUCUCAAAACUCCUGUUUCAAUGAGUAAGUGUUCCUGUCCUGUUGUUUUUGUGGCUCACAUCAACUGGUGUCAGCUGAUACAGUUCAGUUGACUUUAGGCAUGUGGAUUUUCUUGAGAUUCCUUUUAAGCAUAUGAAAGCUGGUUUUGAUUCAGCCUGAAAAUGGCUUGUCAUCCCCACACUGAUAUAUUUCAGUGCCUA